AUGGAGACCAGACCUGCCUAUGAGAGGACUCUUGAAGAGUCCCAGCUCUUUGAGCACCUUCCGAAUGAGGUAGCGGAACUCAUUCGCACAUCCUCUGGGACUCAGUACCUGAAUGCGCUCGCGGUUGGUGCAUUGCGAUCAAAAUGUACAGAAGGCUUUUUCUGCCUAUAUGAGCCGAUCUUUGUGGAUCUGGCAGCAAGAUGGCUUGCUUCAGACUUUCAUAAUAAUCAAAUCGACAUUAUCUCCGCUUUUUCACGAAUCCUACCGUUUGCGCCAUUUCUUGCUUCUUUCGCAAGCCAAUAUGCUAGUUCUCGGGCUGGACCUCUAUCCGCUUUGGCUGCAUCUGACGAGACAACGCUUCUGCAAUUAGACGAUACUACCAUCCGCACUCUAUUAUUGUCGGUCUUCAGACUUCUCUCAUUCGACUUAGAGACAUUUUCGAGUACCAUAUCGCCGUCACGCCUUCAAUCCCUUUUCCAACAUUCAAACCCCUCUAUACGGUAUCUUGCGAUUCGAUGCUUUGCCUUGUAUAUGCACGCAGCGGAUGCUGCCACCGAGAAAAUGGUUCAGAAGUAUAUUGGAGCCAACGUUAUUGAAGGCGAAUGGGAGGGGAUUGUGAUCGACUAUCGCUGCCUUGGCUUGUGGGAAGAGCGUCGGUGGGGUACUCUGGAGAAACAGGCACUGAUUGCACGGUCAGGUCGGUCGAUUGAGGACAGUCUAUCACAAGUCGAGAAGCUCCGGGAAUAUUUCACCCCCCGAACUGCUGAAGUCUGCGGUGUUCUUAUCCCCCGACUUAAUGAGAUGUCAACGCCAGCAUCUUCAAUUGUGAAAGCGCCCACCGCUGUGAGAAAUCUUCGUAGGAUCGCGACAGCGUUGACUGCCUCGAAUCCUCUACUAUUAGUUGGUUUGCCGAAUUCUGGCAAGACUUCUUUGGUCAAUGACGUUGCCGCAAUCAUGGGCCAGUCUGAAUCCAUGGUUACCUUACAUUUAAAUGAGCAGACGGAUGCUAAGAGUCUUCUUGGAAUGUACUCAACGUCCCCUGCUACUGGCUCAUUUGCAUGGCAACCCGGUGUCUUGACUAAAGCAGCUAGGGAAGGCCGAUGGAUUCUAAUCGAGGAUCUAGACCGUGCGCCUUCUGAAGUGAUUGGUCUUAUUUUGCCAAUCAUUGAGAAAGGAGAAUUGACUAUAGCAAGUAGAAAGGAACGGAUUAAGUGCGCCGAGGGAUUUAAGAUUAUUGCAACUAUGAAGUCAUCAUAUAAUAUCGCAGGUGAAGAAGUCGCUCCAAGCACAACAAUUCUGGGAAGCAGAUUGUGGCAGAGGGUACAUAUCGAGCCCCUUUCAAUCGACGAAAUUCAAGAAGUCAUUACGCAAAAAUUCCCGCUCCUUGAGUCUCGAGUUCCAACUAUCAUGAGUGUUUAUCAAAGGCUUUGCUCUUCCUUCCAUGGAAGCCUCGCAAUCAAGAGCUCUCAAGGCCGUACCCCAGGUCUUCGUGACCUUAUCAAGCUCUGUAGCCGAAUGCAUAGGCGACUGCAGCGUCUAGGAGCUAAGACUGGUUAUGAAGCUAUGCCGGAAGGUGCUGAGGAUGAAAUCUUCUUGGAUAUUGUGGACAUCUUCCUCAGCUACAUCCCAGAAAAAUCACUGGCAGAGUCGCUUGCUCUAGUUGCCGCGGAAGCGCUUCAAAUAUCACCACAGCGAGCACAGUUCUGCCUUAGUGAACGAAUCCCCGCAUAUUCUGAUCAAGGUAAUAACAUAGUCCUCGGUAGAGAAGUCUGCCGAAAGAUUAAGGUACCCAGCGGGUCGGUUUCCAGGUCAUCAACGCGUUUUGCUUCGACCAGAGCUGCGCUGAAGCUUAUGGAACAGGCUGCCGCUGCCAUACAAAUGGCAGAGCCUAUGCUCCUUGUCGGAGAGACAGGUAUUGGAAAGACAACAGUGAUUCAACAGCUUGCUACCUUAAUGCGACAGAAGCUCACAGUGGUGAACUUGUCGCAACAGAGUGAAAGUAGUGAUUUGCUAGGUGGUUUCAAGCCUGUUAAUAUCCGUACAAUGGCUGUCCCUAUGCUUGACGAAUUUAAUGCUGUGUUUGAGUUGACGUUCUCAGCAAAGAAGAACCAGAAAUUUUUGUCGUCAGUUGCAAAAAGCGUUGCUGCAGGAAACUGGACACGGUUGGUACAUCUUUGGCAUGAGGCUGUUCGGUUAGCCGAUGGAGUCUUCAAAUCCAGUAACGGGUCCUCUCAAGGAGGCGAGGAGCAACCCACGAAGAAAAGGAAGUUGGACUCACCCAAGUACCAGCAUUUGCGGCAAAGAUGGGAAAGGUUUGCAGUGCAAUUGAAUGACUUCGAGGCUCAGGUGACCCAGGGCGAUGCCAAAUUUGCUUUCGCUUUUGUUCAGGGAAAGAUUGUGAGGGCGCUACGAAAUGGAGAAUGGGUCCUCCUUGAUGAGAUUAACCUGGCCUCACCGGAUACUCUUGAGAACAUUGCUAGCCUUCUGCACCAUGGUACCGAAGGCUCACCAUCUGUCCUACUUUCCGAGGCUGGCGAUGUUGAAAGGGUAUUCGGGCAUCCGGACUUUCGCAUAUUUGGCGCUAUGAACCCUGCUACAGACGCAGGAAAGAAGGAUCUCCCUCCUGGUCUUCGCUCCCGGUUUACUGAACUCUAUGUACACUCCCCAGACAGUGACCGGGACGAUCUACUUGCUCUGAUCCAGAAAUAUCUUGGUGAUUUGACUUUAGGUGACAUGAGAAUCGCGUCAGACCUUGCGCAACUCUAUCUGGAAACGAAGAAGCUCAGCAACGAAAACAAGCUUACAGAUGGGGCUGGACAACGCCCACACUUCAGUAUACGAACUCUUGUUCGUGCCCUUAUUUAUGUCAUUGACCACGCGCAUGUCUACGGCCUACGCCGAGCAGUUUUCGAAGGAUUCUCCAUGAGCUUUCUGACAGUUUUGAGCCAAGAGUCAGAGAGGCUGCUGCUUCCGCUUCUUGAGAGACACCUGUUCAGCAAUACAAAGAACGCCAGAGCACUUCUCGGCCAGACUCCUAAGUCUCCCACCGAUGGCUAUGACUAUGUCCAGUUCAAGCAUUACUGGAUGCGACGUGGGCACUUGGUUCCAGAGGAGCAACCACAUUACAUCAUAACACCUUUUAUAGAGAAAAACCUCAAGAACCUGGUCAGAGCAAGUUCAACGCGUCGGUUCCCUAUAUUGCUGCAGGGCCCAACUUCUGCUGGAAAAACAAGCAUGAUUGAAUACCUGGCGAAGGUUUCUGGAAACAAAUUUGUUCGUAUCAACAAUCACGAGCACACAGACCUUCAAGAAUACCUAGGCUCCUAUGUGUCCAGCGAUGACGGUACUCUUCGUUAUCAGGAAGGCGUUCUCGUGGAGGCACUCAGAAAUGGAUAUUGGAUUGUACUCGAUGAACUCAACUUGGCACCAUCGGACGUCUUGGAAGCAUUGAAUCGACUUCUAGACGAUAAUCGCGAACUUUUUAUACCAGAGACCCAGGAAGUCGUUCACCCACACCCAAAUUUCAUGCUAUUUGCGACCCAAAAUCCAGCUGGUCUUUAUGGUGGUCGUAAAGUGCUGUCCCGCGCUUUCCGGAAUCGUUUUCUCGAGCUGCACUUUGAUGAUAUCCCAGAGAGUGAGUUGGAAUUCAUCCUUAAGGAACGCUCCCAAAUUGCACCUUCCUUCUGUGCUAGAAUAGUGUCUGUCUACCGGAAGUUGUCUCUACUCCGUCAAGCCAACAGACUCUUUGAGCAGAAAAACAGUUUUGCUACUCUACGUGAUCUCUUUAGGUGGGCUCUCCGACGAGCAGAUGAUCGCGAGCAGUUAGCGAUAAACGGUUUUAUGUUGCUUGCAGAACGAGUCAGGAACCCGCAGGAAAGGGCAGCUGUGAAGGGUGUAAUCGAAGAUGUCAUGAGAGUUCGUAUAGAUGAAGAUGUGGUGUACAGUGCUUCCGAAUUGGAGAAGCGUGCGCCUCAUCUUCCCACCGGGGUCGUGUGGACCAAAGCAAUGAGGAGAUUGUUCAUUUUGGUGUCCGUUGCACUUGAAAACAACGAACCAGUUCUACUGGUGGGAGAAACUGGCUGUGGAAAGACACAGCUUUGUCAAGCAGUCGCAGAAGCCUAUAAAAGACAAUUACUCAUUGUAAACGCCCAUGUGAACCUUGAAACAGGCGAUCUCAUUGGUGCUCAGCGGCCUGUGAGGAACAGGGGAGCUAUUGAACAUCAGCUAUUGAAUGAUCUUCAAUCAGCUCUUAAUGAAACUGAUCCUUCGCGAUCAUUGGAAGAAAUGAGGCAGGUGUUCGGUACACUUACUGCGGACCAAUUACAAGCCUGCGAUUCAGAACUUGUCUCGAGGAUCCAAACGCACAUUGCUCGUCUUAAUGCUCUCUUCGAAUGGUCAGAUGGGAGCCUGAUAACCGCCAUGAAGACUGGGCAAUAUUUCCUUCUGGACGAAAUCUCCCUUGCCGAUGACUCAGUAUUGGAAAGACUUAACAGUGUUCUAGAGCCUCAUAGAUCAAUUCUGCUUGCAGAAAAGGGACCAAUCAACUCCAUGGUUGUUGCUGAUGAUGGGUUCCAAUUUCUGUCUACGAUGAAUCCUGGUGGUGAUUAUGGGAAGCGCGAACUCUCAGCUGCUCUUCGCAACCGAAUGACUGAAAUUUGGGCCCCUCAACUCUCUGAAGAUGAGGAUAUUCUCCCUAUCCUCCAGAGAAAGCUUGAGCUGAAUUCGGAGCACAUUACCAAAGCAAUGCUAGAGUUUGCCAAGUGGUUCAAGUGUGCCUUCCAGAAUUCCUCAACUACAUCCCUUUCCCUUCGUGAUCUUCUUGCCUGGGUCGAUUUUGUCAACAAGUGCCGAACUGCAGAUCCUCUUUUUGCAGUAGUACAGGGCGCUGCUAUGGUGUUCAUAGACACAUUGGGUGCGAACCCAGCAGCAAUGCUUGCGACAGCGCUGCAUGAUCUCCAAGGAAACCGUCGACUGUGCCUCGAUAAGCUCCGUGAACUCUUUGAUGUCGAUGCUUCAACUAUUUACCUGCAGAAGUCGACCAUUGAUAUUGAAAACGGUUCUCUACGCGUAGGACCUUUUGCCCUUGAAAUGAACGGCAGCACAGAGCCAGACCCUCAAUUCAUCCUGGAUGCACCAACCACGAUAGCUAACUCAGUCAGAAUUGCUCGUGGCUUGCAACUCUCGAAACCUAUCCUGCUUGAAGGCAGCCCCGGUGUCGGCAAAACUACGCUCGUGACUGCUCUUGCCAAGGCACUGGGAAAGCCUCUGACACGUAUCAACCUUUCGGAGCAGACAGACCUCACAGAUCUUUUUGGCUCCGACGUCCCCGUUGAAGGAGGUGAUGUUGGUCAAUUCACUUGGCGAGACGCUCCUUUCUUGCAAGCAAUGCAACGCGGUGAUUGGGUUCUAUUAGAUGAAAUGAACCUGGCAUCUCAAUCUGUUCUUGAGGGUUUGAAUGCUUGUUUGGAUCAUCGUCAAACGGUUUAUGUUGCUGAAUUAGAUCAAUCGUUCAAGAGACACCCGGACUUUGUCCUCUUCGCUGCACAAAACCCGCAUCACCAAGGUGGUGGUAGAAAGGGCCUUCCUGCCUCAUUUGUCAACAGAUUUACAGUCGUUUAUGCUGACAGCUUUACUGACACUGACCUGAAAAGGAUAUGUGCAAAGCUCUUCCCUGGAAGUCCAUCUUGGCAGACAGACAAGCUAGUUGAUUUCGUGUCCUUGUUGAACAACGCUAUUGUCCAUGAGCGCCGAUUAGGGGCUGUAGGUGGACCAUGGGAAGUCAACUUGCGAGACAUUCAGAGGUGGCUUCAGUUGGCAGACCGUGGGACCCUACAGGUAUCGGCCAAUAGCUUCCUUGAUGUAAUUAUAUCACAGAGAUUCCGCUCCCAGGAUGAUCGAGACCUGGUCGCUCGCCUGUAUGAGCAAGUCUUCAGCGAGGUCCCGACGCCCAACAAGAGCUAUUACCAUAACCUUACGCCAGAAUACAUGCAAGUUGGGCUUGGCAUCAUGCAGAGGGAUCGAUACCUCCAACGAACCCAAGAAUCGCAGAUGAGAAUCCUCCCAAGAGACCUCAGUAUCCUCGAGUCUCUUAUGCUGUGUAUAGAGCAGUCGUGGCCCAGUAUUUUGGUGGGACCAUCUGGAUGUGGAAAGACCACCCUGAUAAGAAAGCUCGCAGCUGUGAACGGUGCAAGUUUAGUUGAGUUAGCUCUCAGUGCUGAUACCGAUACAAUGGAUCUGAUUGGUGGCUUUGAACAAAUCGACUAUCGAAGGGAGGUUUCGUCUCUCGUUCACGAUAUUUCGCUGUUCCUUCAACAACAGAUCCUUUCUAUGAAUUCAGCAGGAACAGCUCUGCAUGAGACUCCGGUUGUAUUGGAGAUAUUCGAAAAACUGCAGAGCCCGAAUGCCUCUCUUGAAAGCAUUUGUACAUUCCUUACUGUGUUAAGUCAGACGUACCCACAGACUGCUUUUGAUGAUAUGCUUCUCCGGGCCCAGACUCUACUUGAAACAACAAAGCAGUCGGAUAAAAUGAAAGUUGGUUUCGAGUGGACGGAAGGAGUCCUCACUCAAGCUGUACAGCAUGGCUACUGGGUUAUCCUGGACAAUGCAAAUCUGUGCAACCCCUCUGUUCUCGACAGGUUGAACUCCCUCACCGAACCAAAUGGAGCUCUGAUCCUGAAUGAACAACGCACUGAAGAUGGAUCAGCUCGUAUCAUCACACCACAUCCGAACUUCAGGCUUUUCCUUACGAUGGACUCUCGCCAUGGAGAAUUGUCCCGCGCAAUGCGGAAUCGUUGUGUUGAAAUAUGCUUUUUGCCACAGGAAGACGAGGCUACAGUUACCACUUCGGUGCCUGCCUACACCUGCGAAUCCUUCUUAUACCGUCUGCGGCCGCUCUGGAAUCUCGAUCCUUCGGCGAGUGCUAAUGAUGUCUCAAGGCUCCUCUGUGAAGUUUGCUUAGAUCAUCUUUCAGUCAUGGACCUUGCCUACUUACAGCAGUCAUUGAAGUACUUCUUACCUUAUCACGGUAAAUCCGUGGGAGAUGUUCUUUCCUCGGCAAUGCAUCGAUAUGUAUCGGUUAUUCAUGGAAACUCGCACUGGAAACCCAUCGAAUGUACCCAGAAGGCCAUUGAGCUGAGCCGCGCUUCCUUCGCCAUUCAGGGCCCCUCGCAGCCCCUUCAUCCUCUUGUGAACGAGCCGCUGGUCUCAUUAUUGGGUAGCGAAGUACCCUAUACUUCGUUGGUGACCCUAGCACACCUACAGGAGACUAAGCUUGACCUACAACUUCUAAAGCAAGGUCUAUUGCAGGCUGAUGAAUCCGGGAAGCUUCUAAAACCCAGCCAGAUGAGUCGCAUAGAACGCUCUUUAGCAUCCUCGCGGAUAGCUUCACUGAUGAAGGAUGCAACACAGCCAGUUGGUUCUUUCCUAUCUGACUGUGGCCAGGCAAUGUACGACCUUAUUCAGAAUCUCGAUCAGAAUACUCUUCAGAACCCUCACAUAGCCAACGCUCUUCGUACUGUCCUCAACUUCUGCAUGGACAUUUUCGGACUGACUGCAGCGAGGGACAUCGACGAGGGCGAAUUUCAGGUCUAUCUUCAAAUUGCCGUUGCUCUAUCUCAAGCGCUGAGUCGAUUCCAAGAGAGCUGGGCCCUGAAAACAGGGCUCAGUAUGCAAAGACUCUGGGAGUCGUGGAGACCUGCAACCCCUGCAACUGGAGACCAGCUUAAGUCGAUCCUAGAUUUGGAAAGUGUGGCUUCUGAAUUUACAAAUAUCGCGACCAAGACUCAUCUUGAUCUAUCGCAAUUAAGUCAAGUGCGCAACUCUCUGAUUAACGCUCAACAAUCGAUUGUCCUGCAUGGAGCCGAUGAAGGGCAACUAGUACAGAAUCUCAGACAGACGGUCAGCGAGUUGGCAAGCGUUGUACAACGCUCUGAUAUAACCGGAGCCCCAUACUUCUCCAACGAAUUCGAAGCAUUGUGCCAGUACCAUGACAUUUUCACUCUCAUGCAUAACAACAAAGCAGGCGACAAUGUGAUAAAGUCCAUUUUACCGUUACUGGCUGGACGUGAUGCACGGCCAUUGAAUGUGUCGGCCUUCCAGACACAAGUUCCCGAGGUCCUCCACAGACUUGCUUUAUAUUCCGGGUCUGAACGCUCAUCAACGUUCGGUUCGGCCAUCAGUGGUACCUUCGCUCUCUCCCUGAUAGAGAAACUGACGAAUGUUGGCGAUACUAUCUUAGGCCAGAUGGACUCUUUGGAGGUGGAAAAGCAAACUCUUUCCAAAGCCUUGGCUCUAUCUUCUUGGGAGAUUGCUAUGGAUCAGCACAAGGUGCUGAGACAGGUAUCAUCGAGACUAGCUAUGGAGCUAUUGCUCGCUCAUAAGGAAUUCUUCGAGCCUCAAUCUCUGGAGAAACUGGUCACUAUUCUCCGCACUGUUGAAGAGCAAGGCUACUGCGCCAAUUCCGAGUUGUUGGAUAUCCGCUUAGAAAAGAGCCUCUCAAGCGAUCAUUACUUCAAGACCUUUGCAGAACAAGCCCUUCCAAACCUCGUUGCAUUGUUGGCAACUGACUUAGUACAAAAGAGCGACAAGUCGAUUCAUGACACUGGAGCAGCUGUAGUUCAAUUGGCUGCCAUUCUCCUGCGGCUUUAUGUCCCAGACAAGCCAUUUGAUCCAUCGUUGGGAUUAGUUGUCCAAAGGAAAAGACAUAGUCAACGUUCUUUGGAACUUACCAAUAAAGCUAACGCCAUCACUUCAUUCGAACGUGUGUUUUCCGGCCAAUCCUCGAACGUCCGGCACGAUCUCAUACAGGGUGAAUUGCGUGACCUUGGUUCUGCUCCUCCUCCUUCAUCGGUUACCCGACCUCAUGACUCUGAGCUCAGCAUCCUGCACGGGGAAUUUGCCAGUGUGAUAAAUUCGGUUCUUGAAAGGCUCCCUAAGCACAUGCUUGGCGUAGCGAGUGAGAACUCUUCAGACUCUCAGACUCUGGUGAAUCUACUCCGUGAUAAUAUACGCCAAUUAAGCCGACGUCUCAGCACUCACUAUAGAUCAUAUGAUGACAUAGUCGUUUCUGUUGUUCGCUUUCUUCAAAUCCUGGACUUGGGGCUUUUCCUAAUGUCAGGAAGAUCACAGCAGUCAAGUGAUGUGCAGGCGGUGGAUGCAAUCAGUGGAAGCACCCCAUUCCUUGGAGGCAUUCAUCACCCUCUCUCGGAUCUGUACCAUCAGAAUUCGAAUAUAGACUCAAGGAAUGCAAUUGAUAUGUGGUUCCACGAGCUGUCAUCAUUGAGAGUAGCCGAAAAUGCAGACCCGGGAAUUCUUCACACCCAGGUUGGGCGCAAUGCUCUUCGCCGCCUGUUCCAACAGUUCCAUGGGUUAUGGAAAGCUAAGCUACGGGAAGAUCAAGAAGAAGAGGCAAAGAAAUCGAGCCUUUACCAAUACCGAGGAUCCUGGGAGGACAGUGAGGAGGUUGAUGAGAAUGAGCUGCGCGAGCUCUUCCCUACCUAUGAAGAGGAGCCCGUUGAUGAUGGUAGAAAGCCAACUCGUCUUGAUCCCAAAAAUAUCUCGAUCCGACUUUCCUCACUUCACGCAAACCUAUUCCAAUUAGAAGACCCUGGGCGAGUCCUGACAACCUAUGUGAGGCAAUCUGCUCAUCUGCUGGCCUCGCUGUGGUCCGAGGGCGAUUCUUCAGUACCACAGGUGCAUCCUAGGGAUCAUCUCUCUGGUGUUCUUUUGUUGCUCGAGGAUGCUGUGAGCAAGGAAAAUGAUUCCAGGAACACGUACAACUUCUAUGUGGACACAAAUCCUGAUGAAGGCAGAAAGCUUAUAUCUUUAGCAAUGGCAACAGAGUCACGUUUCUUGCAGAUCCAGAGCGCUUGGCCCGAACAUGCAGUCCUUGCAGAUGUCAUUCUUUGUUGCAAGGAGAUUCUCCAAUUUAAGCAUGCUGAGCCUGUCGCAAAAUUCCUCACCAAGGUCGAAAAGCUUCAUGGCCUUGUUCAUGAGUGGCAGCUUGUUGCAAGCAGAGAGUACUCAGCUGCUGGUGUUUAUGACGAGAUCACAAACUUGAUCAUUAACUGGCGACGUCUCGAAUUGUCGACCUGGGCAAGGCUUCUGGAUCUCGAGAAAGAAAAAUGCGUCCAGGAUGUGAGCCAAUGGUGGUUUGUGGCGUACGAAGCCAUCAUUGGAGCUCCUGUCCAGAUGGCAGAAUCUGGUCAAACGGAUCUGAGUGAACAUACACAAGAAGUGAUCGCCACAUUGGAGAACUUCUUCCGCUCGACCACCUUGGGUCAGUACAGCGAACGCCUGCAGCUCGUCAAGAACUUCCGGUCUCUGCUAUCGCUUUACGUUCAGGACUUCCCUUGCCUGAAGCAACUGGUGUCCGCACUAGACAACUUUAUGCAACAUUACACACAGUUCGAGCCACCAGUACACAAGCUACUCAAGGAGCGGAGGUCGACGCUUGAAAAAGAUAUCAAGGAACAAAUCCAACUGGCCAGUUGGAAGGAUACAAAUAUUGUGGCGCUCCGAGAAAGUGCGAAAAGAUCGCAUCAUAAACUGUUCAAACUGGUCCGGAAAUACCGAGAAAUCCUGGCUCAGCCUGCCCAACAUAUCCUGGAGCAAGAUAUGCCAGAUGACAAUGAGGAGCCUGGCCCCACUGACCAAGCAUUGGUUCUGCCCUCAGCAAGUUUCCCAGAAGCGCUCGCCUUGUGCCAGAAGGAAAACAAAAUCUGGCAAAAUAGGCCGCCUCGGUUCAGAGAUCCUGACGGCACCGUUAGCAACAUGACUCAUAUGUAUGUGUCGAUCUCGACGGAGUUUGACGUUUCGGAAGAUCUCGAUGGCUUCAUGAAGUACUUCUUGGAAAGCAUCAAGGAGUUCCGAUCCCAAACACCGAAGACCUUGACCGAGGAAAACAAAGAUGAUGUUCAACAUCUCAAGGUUCAAAAGCGCCGCUUCUAUGCCGAUACUCUGCGGCGGCUACUAGAGAUGGGUGUCAAGCGUAAUGCUAGCACUAGCUUGAUUGAAACACAAGCAUCUGUUGCACAAGUUCUUGCCAACAGCCCGGCUCUUGAGGUUGGUUCUGUAACAACCACUACCGUCGUCAGAAGCUCCGAUCUCUAUUUCCACAGAUUCCUGGAUAUCCUUCCCCGUGUUCGCCAAGCGGCGCACAAUUACUCAGAAGACCUCAGCAAUGUCGAAGUUUCAAGAAGCUCAGGAUCCGUUGAGCAUCUGUUGCAUUUGGUUAGGAAACAACGAGCAGCGAUAUCUCCAGCAAUUUCUGGCGUGGAAUCGCUUCAAUCAACACUCGUCAAGAUUUCGAAUCUUUGGAAACUUCACCCUACCUCGGUCCUUAAGUCACUCCCCCAAUUUUCGAAUGAGGUUCGGGAUACGGCAAGAGCCGUAGCCUGGUUGACCCCUAUACUUGGCCUCGCCAUGACAGUUGUGGAACUACACUCGAAGUUUUCCGGCAUCAACUCGUCAAAUAUUGUGGAUGGCCUUCGCUCCUGGAAAGAUGGCUUCAGUAGACUGCAAAAGUCACUGGGUAGUCUGCCAGAGUUACCUCAGGGCGUAACUUCACAGCUGCACGUAGAGACACUAAAGGAAGCAUCUUCCUCAUUCGAUAAGCUGAACACUGACCUUAUGGGCUGGGCCGAGAGCCGGCCUGACCUGUCAUUCGUCCUGAUGCAGAUAACUCCCUGGGCCCACGUUAAUGCUGAGCAAGCUGAGGUGUUGCAGUCUAAGAAUACCCUCGCUAUCGAGGAGUUCGAUGGCAGCCUACUCACAGCAAUUGACAAGAUCCUCAUCAGCCUCCAGAAGCUGAAGGAGGUGCCAUCACUGAUUGUAUCUCCGGGCUCAUUGUUACGGAGCGACGAGUUCUUCACCAGGGCUUUGAAGGCUGUUCAUUUGCCCGACAUUACAAGCUCCCUGGAGUCUGUCCUGGAUAAGUUACAAGGCCUUAAGACACGCUCAAAUUCCGGCCUUGCUCCUGCUGUCGCAUUGGUCGCAAGCUUGUUGCCCAUCAUGAACAAGUAUCGCAACAUUUGUAAGGAUCUCGUCGAUCGCUAUCUGACUGUUCACCGUGAGACAUGCAAGAUGUCAUAUUUGCUGGCCAAGUCAUUCAUUCAGAUAGCGUCUGAGGGAUUCUGUACUCCCGCAGAAGCGUCGACGGAAGAAAGCAAAUCCGGCAAGCUGGAGAGUGGAACUGGUCUCGGCGAAGGACAAGGAGCCGAAGAUAUCAGUAACGAUAUUGGUGAUGAUGAAGACUUGUCAGAGCUUGCUCAACAGGAACAGACUGAAGAGCCCAACGAGGAUAUGGACGAGUCAGGAGACGCAGUGAACAUGGAUCAAGAAGAAUUACGUGGCGAAACAGGCGAGCACAAGAAAGAGGAUGAUGAAGAGGACGCAAGCGGCGACGAAGAGGAUGACAAUAUUGAUGAAGAAGUAGGCAGUGUUGACGAUCUUGAGGAAACUGCAGUUGAUGAAAAGAUGUGGGAUGGCGCCCACGAUGAAGAGCAAAAGGAGACCGAGAACCAAGAAGGCAAGGGACAGUCUGAGUCUGAUGAACAAGCCGCUGCACAAGAGCGCAAGGAGAAGGAAGGAGAAAAGGGGGAGGGUAAGAACGAAGAAGAUCAGGAGGAAGAAGAGGAAGAAGAAGCCCCAGACGAUGAAGGCGAGGCUGUUGGGCGCGAGGAGAUGGAUGUCACAGACCCCCAUGCCAAGGAACAAGAUGCUCUCGACCUUCCGGAAGAGAUGCAACUUGACGGCGAUGAAUUGGAUAAAGACGAAGGAAAUGAGAGUGACGAUGGCCUCGACGAUGAUCUCGGCGACGAUCUUCCUCCUGCUGAAGAUGAGCAGCCAUUCGAUGGGAAAGAGGAAGAGGCUGUUGAAAACCCUGAUCUGGAUCAACAAGCAGAGGAGCAAGAGGGCGACCAGGGUGAUGAAGAAGCGCCGGCUGAAGAUGAAGAAAUGAAAGAGGCCGAAGCCGAAGAGACGAACGAGCCCGGGGAAGAGGAACCAGAAGAGGCUCAGCAGGAUGAUUUCUUAACUCAACGUGAUGAAAACGAAGAGGUUGGCGAAGAAGUGGCACCAAGCGAGGCAGUUAAUGGUGGACUCGGUGCGGAUCAAGAUCAAAAUAUGGACCAAGGCGCAUCUGGAAAUGCAGAGCAGGAGAGUGGUUCAGCUGACCAGUCUGAUGAUAAACAACAAAAAACUGGUGCUGCCAACGAAGGAGAAGACAACGAGCGGCAUAGAGAUGCAGGCGGCGGGGAUGAUGGCAACCGCAACGAUCCGCAGUUGCAGGCCUUCAAGAAAAUGGGCGACAUCCUCGAACAGUGGCAUCGCCGGCAAAAGGAGAUUAUGGAGGCCUCUAAACAGGAAGAGGGCGAGUCAGAUCAGCCGUUGCCUCAGGAUACCGACAUGGCUGAUGCCAAUUUUGAGCAUCUUGCAGACCAAGAUGACGUUGCUGAUACCCAAGCGCUUGGUCAGGCUAAUGAAGAGCAAACACAGGCUCUUGAUCAAAAUAACGGUGUCGAGUCGGAUGCCAAGCAUGGUGACAACGAACCUUUGCCAGACGUUUCUGACGAGCCCCAGGAGACCCUAGAGAACAAGAUGCAGGAUGAGAUGCAGCUGGAUGCCGCUAGUGAGUCUAAGGACCAAACUGCCGGUGCAUUGAUCCCUGGCAGCUCGCACACCCAGGAGCGAACAGUCGAUGCCGCUGGCCAGCAGGAGGCCAUUGAAGAACUCGAUGAGGUAGACGCACAAUUGGCGGCAAUCCAUCUGUCUUCUUCGCUCCCUCCGCUUACACCUCGCGACGAGGCUCAACGGCUCUGGUCCCAUUACGAAUCUGUCACCAACGAUCUCUCCCUCUCGUUAACGGAACAAUUGCGUCUGAUCUUAGCCCCGACCAUGGCAACCAAGCUGCGUGGCGAUUUCCGGACAGGAAAGCGACUGAAUAUCAAGCGCAUCAUUCCAUACAUUGCCUCACAGUACAAGCGAGACAAGAUUUGGAUGCGACGGUCAAUUCCUUCGAAGCGCAACUACCAAAUUAUGCUUGCUGUCGACGAUAGUAAGUCUAUGUUAGAGAGUGGAAGUGGCCAAUUGGCAUUCGAAACGCUUGCACUCGUUGCCAAGAGUCUUAGUAUGCUUGAAGCUGGAGACCUGUGUGUCCUCGGGUUCGGAAACGAGGAUCACGUCAGAGUCGCACAUGAAUUCGGCAAGCCAUUCUCCUCCGAGGCCGGCACGCAGGUGUUCCAGCACUUCAGCUACCAGCAGACAGGUACGAACGUUCGGAAGUUGAUCGCCGAUUCGAUCGCCCUGUUCCGCGAAGCUCGCUGGAAGCAAUCACCUGGCUCGGGCAAUGCUGAUCUUUGGCAACUGGAGCUCAUUAUCUCCGACGGUAUUUGUGAAGACCAUGAGACUAUCCAGCGUCUCGUGCGGCAGGCCCAGGAAGAACGUAUCAUGAUUGUGUUCAUCAUUGUCGAUGCUGUCAAGGGCAGCUCCAUCUUGGAUCUCACUCAGGCAAGCUUCGAGCCUGAUACGGAGAGUGGUACUGGGGAGAUGAAGUUGAAGAUGAAGAGAUAUCUGGAAGGUUUCCCAUUCCCUUACUAUCUGGUUGUACGUGACGUUCGGGAGUUACCCGCUGUUCUGGCUACGGCGUUGAAGCAAUGGUUUGCGGAGGUUGUUGAUGUUUCUUCUUAA